CAGACGCCAGAGAGCGCCAGAAAACAAGCUUGAGCGGGUGAAGCUAGAGUCUCGCCGGGACAGUACAGAGUGUCUGCUAUCCGGGUAGGUGCCUUAGAGAACCGGAGCUACAGGCUGAGGAGGGCUGCCCGCUUAUUUUAAAAGAGGGAAACUAGCUGCUAUGGUGGUCUGAAGAGAACUUGGCGCUGACACAGCUGUAUAACCACCGGACACAGGGCCACAGUGGGAUAUUUAAUCCAGAGAAGCGGUAGAGAAAGUUUUUCCAGAUGGAAGUUGAAUGUCUAGCACUGAAAGACCUCACAAGUCCAAGGAAAAGUUUCCCCAUGGACCCGGAGGAGGAUGGGAGCCAAAGUGAACAAAAGGAAAACAUAUGCACAGGAAGGAGGAGAUCCACACCAAUGAAGUCUGCUGAAUCCGCCGUCCCCAGUUUGCUGAUAAACAGGAAAGGUGCCACACCUGACCUGGCCCACAUCACCCCCAUCAAACACACGGCCUUGGCUGAGCCCUGGACGCCCACAUCCAACCUGAAGAUGCUGAUCAGUGCGGCUAGUCCGGACAUGCGGGACAGAGAGAUGAAGAAAGUGCUGUUUAGGCCCAUAGAGAACGAGAAGGACAAACCCGCAAGUCCAGAUACUGUGGCAGAAGAUACGGAGGUGGAAGACUCUUGUCAGUUUGAGGCUGUGGAGGAAGAGGAUGACGCAGAGAAAAAGCCGAGCAGGAAACAGAAGAGUCUGGGUCUGCUGUGCCAGAAGUUCCUGGCCCUCUACCCGGAUUACCCACCGCCACACGACACCAUUUGGAUCUCACUGGACGAGGUGGCGACCAGUCUGGGAGUGGAGCGACGGCGCAUCUACGACAUCGUCAACGUGCUGGAGUCUCUCAUGAUCGUUGGCCGGAUAGCCAAGAACAGCUACACCUGGCACGGUCGUCAGCGGCUGGAGGUCACGCUGGAGGACCUGCAGCGGAGGGGCCGUCAGCAGGGUUACCACCUCCAGAUGGAGCUCGCCGCAGAGGCCAGGGAGGCCGGGCCGGGCCGCGAGGACGACGGAGGGGAAGGAGACGCCGGCCAUGCUGCAGGAAACAGAAAAGACAAGUCUCUGCGUAUCAUGAGCCAGAAGUUUGUCAUGCUGUUCCUGGUGUCCAAAACUCAGACUGUUACUCUGGACACAGCAGCAAAGAUCCUCAUCGAGGAGAGUCAGGACUCAUCAAGUCACAGCAAGUACAAAACCAAGGUGCGGCGUCUGUACGAUAUUGCCAACGUGCUGACCAGCCUGGGCCUCAUAAAGAAGGUCCACGUCAGAGAGGAGAGAGGCAGGAAGCCCGCCUUCAAGUGGCUCGGUCCGGUCGAAUUCAACAACUCCGGAAAUACUGUGAACGUAGCGGUCAUCGCUCCGCCUGAAGCCACGCAGCCGAUAGCAGGCCAGGACCUCAGGAAAGCCAAGAUGGCACGCCACGCCUCUUUUAACAUCACACCAACUUCUAUGGCCGUCCAACGGCAGAUCAACUCAGCCCCCAGCAGCCCACGAAGGGAACUGACCGGUCUGCCAAAUCAGCCUGUGGAUUAUUCCAGAAAGACUACAAGCAACAGUGCAGUGUGUCGACUGCAGUUUGGAAACAGCACAGAUAACCAGACCAGCCAGCUGCCUCCGUCCUCCACACAGCCCACCCUGCUGGCACCCACCCUCUACCCAGAGCACCUCUUCCAAUCUUCCUCUUCUCCCCACUGCCUGGCCUACCUGCCCAGCUUGUCCCAGCCCUCUGUGGUCAUGCUGUACAGGGCGCCAGACAAGCCCGACAAGAUCCCUGAAGGUCAGAGGUCGCCUUCGUCGGAGUCUGAGGAGGGGAGGAAGAGAAGGAGGGAGGAAAGGGAAGAGGAGGAGACGGUGGCGAAAAAGAAGGGAACUUCUGGGUUAGAAGAAUGUGACAAGAUGAGAGCUGAACCUCACAGGGAGCCAGCAGAGUGUUUACAGACCAGUACCACCAGGACUUCACCCAGUCACCAGACAGGCCUCUCCAGAGAGGCGUUAGAUGAGAGUCAAGCUGGCGGCAGCAGCAGCAGCGAACCUGCUCAGCCAUCACACUACCUCUAUGUACCCAACAAUGCAGGUCUGAACAGCCUCAACUUCCUCCUCUCUGCCGGCCAGCCAGCAGCCGGUCUUGCACUUCCCCCCAGCAGCGUUCCCACCCUGGCGCUGCCUUACGUCCUGUUGCCCCAUUACCCCCUGGUGGCCAACAAUCUGCAACAGCAAGGCUCUGACACCAAACUGAGCUUCAGCCUGCCUACAAUGAUGCCACCAGCCCACUUCAUGGUGGGGGCUGCGCCGUACGGCCUGGCAGCAGAGAUCAACAGGUCACCCGUUACAACUCCGUCCACGCCAGAACAGAGCAAGCUGUACGUGUCAGCGGCAGGCACUCCACACUCUCCCUCAAGACCACGACACACCGUCAGCAUCGCCACGCCGGAACCACUGACUCCGCACACUCCAAACGAGACCACAGUGUCUGCUUCUAAGGCUUUCUUCCAGACCCCAGGCACACUGGGAAAUGUAGUCAGUGCCGCACCUGUCGCCCGAAAGAGAGGCUCUGCACAGAGGAGACUGGACAUCGGCCACCCACCGGCCAGUUAGACAUCUGUGGAGAUGGGAUAUGUGGCUAACAUGCUGUCGUGGCACAGGCUGGUUAGAAUGAGCUCUGAUGCAAUAACGCUCAGGUGUUAGCCCUAAAACUGACGAAUAUGGUGCUCUGUUAGUUAUUAAUUAAGUUUUAUAAGUUUUAAAUUAAGGGUUUCUUUUCAAAAUGCAAGAAUAUCCAUUUUAGCAAGACCAUUUGCUAAGACUUCAAAUCUUUCCUACAAGAUAAAAAAAAAAACAGAUGUAAGCAGAGGUCUCAUAAUUUUGUACAAAUGACUGAUUUUCCCCAAAUGGUGGAUAUUUCAUUUUGAAAUGGAACUCUUGUUACUUCUUGUUAUGUUAACAGUUCAAAUGUGCCUCAUGGUUAAAUUAUGGGACACUAGAUUUCAUAAUGAAUGAGUGAAACAGUAUUGCCAAUAUAACAGCGCCCUCCUAUGGUGGGAGUUGGCCACUGUGGUAUUUCAGCCUUAAUUUGCCCUCCCAGACAUGAUCAAGCUACCUAAUUCCCCAUCAAUGUGUAUUAUAGCCCAAUUGCUAUUUAUAUUUUAGCUAAUAUAUGUUGAUUACAGGGACUGUAAUGGAACGUUACAUUUUUUUUAGCACUAAGUAUUUGAUGAACUUGCAUCUAAUUUUUAAAGUGAUUGUCUUUAGUUGGCCCCUGCAGGUUUUGUUGCAUGAUCAAGGUAUCAUAGGAACUCUGACAGUAGCAGACAAUCUUCUUUUAGCUUAUUUCAGACUUUACUGUGAGGAGAAAAUCACUAAAGCCUUAAAAUGUUUACAGCCAACCAACCGUUCAGCAGCACCACAACGGUGUGAAUAACUCAAGGACUUCUUGAAGCACAACAGAGGAUGGAUGUUACUAGUGAUGUGUGUGUGUGUGUGUGUGUGCGUGUGUGCGUGUGUGUGCUCACUGAGUAUCUGCAACCAUAGUGCUUUAUGGUUAAACACCAAACCCUUUAGCUCUGUUACUGGUGAUAUUGGUGAAGGACCAUGUGAUAUGUGAUGAUGCUCUCAGGUACUUGAAUACUUGUGACUUCUGGAGAAAUAUCAGAGUACUGUAAAGAACGUUUUAUCCAUUAUUUAUCCAGAAAAAGAAGACUGAGCUUACCGUUUAUGCUGUUGUCUACUUUUUUUUUUUUUUUAAUUCACAUUCAUAAAGUCCGACACAUUUAAGAUGCCCAGUAUGACUACAAUCAACUGUUGGCUGGUGCAGUUUGGGGUUAAGUGCCUUGCUUAAAGGCACCUUGCUGAGUGAAGAUAACUAUUUUUGUCUUUUAUUGCCUCAGUACACAUUUUUCUCAGGUUGUUCAGGGAUUUGAUUCCAGACAACCCAACCAAAAUAUAGGUGCUCUGUACAGACAAGCCACUGGGAAUCAUUCAGGAGCACUUAGCUAUGUCACACCAAAGGGUGCUCAGAUAAUCCACUCUGACCAGUGGAUCUGUAGGCAUUAAUGUCAGUCGUAUGUCAGUCAUUAUUUUUGUACAUUGUAUCCAUAGUGUCAUUUAAUACUUUCAUAUGCAGAAUGUUAAAGGCUGCUUUACUGUUUUUAAAAUAAUGAUUAUUGCACUGCUAGUUUUAGUAGUUGUGUCUGCUGAGCUGUUCCUUCACUGUAGCUCUGCUCUCUCUGUAGUUAUGGGCCAAACUGGUUUUCUUCUAUAUGACUUUCACAAACUUGAAAUAAAAUGUAUGUAUGAACUCU